AUGGCUAGUCUCCCUAAAAUUCAGUUAGCCCGUUUACUAAUUGUCUGUAUUAGUGCUUUAAAUUCUUUCAUUCAUGGGGAAGAUGCAGGAACCAUUGCCUUUAACUUUCCUCCCCAGACCAAUAUGACGGCGACAGGAGAUGCUUCCAUUUCUGAUUUCGAGAUUCGGCUCACCAGGAAUCAACUAAACUCUGGCCUGACCUCAAGCCUUGGAUGGGCAAUUUAUAAUGAGUCAAUUCCUCUCUGGGAUAACUUUUCUGGAGCUGUGGCAAUUUUUUCUACCCAUUUUCAAUUCCUCAUCACUAAAGAGGACGAUGAAAGAGCGAGUGGGGAUGGACUCACUUUCUUCCUCGCGCCUACUGGAUUGAACAUUGCCAACUCUAGUCCGAGGGAAUAUCUUGGCCUCUUCAAAAACACAACAGAUGGAAAUUCAUCGAAUCAGAUUGUGGCCGUGGAGUUCGACACAUUCAAGAAUAAUGAUUUCGAUCCCAGUGAUAACCAUGUGGGAAUUGAUGUCAACAGCAUUAAAUCAAAGAAAACCAUCUCAUUAGACGGUCUUUUCGGCAACGGUACUCUCAGCAACGGAUUAAAAUGGGACGCAUGGGUGGACUACGAUGGCACAGUAAAUCGGCUUCAAGUGUUUCUUUUAUUUAACCCUAAUUCUACUGCUGCUUCUAAACCAGGAAAGCCAAUCUUGUGGUAUGAUAUAGAUCUGCGGCAAUAUCUUCCCCAGAACGUUAAGGUUGGUUUUACGGCGUCCAUUGGGAGUGGGUACGCAGCAGAGCUUCACAGAUUGUUCAUUUGGAAUUUUUUAUGUCAAUAUUCGUCCAAGAUUUCAACCCUAACCCCAAUGGGCCUAAUCCCAGCUCCAGGUCCGGCUCCCGACGUGAAUGUUACUGGCCAAGGUCAGAUACCAAAAACUAAUUCUAUUGCAAAGAUCAUAUUGAUAUCAGCGUUGCCCUUUUUCGUUGCCAUAUGCGCUUUUCUCUUUUUUGGAAUCAGGUGGUACAUAAGGACAAGAAAAAGCAGCGGCGAGGAGAGCGAUGAGGAUCUCAAUAUAUUGCUUCGCGAGGUAGCGCAAUCUGCUCAGGAGUUUCCAUAUGCUGAGCUCUGCGCCGCUACCAACAGUUUCAGCAACAACAAGAAGAUUGGAGUUGGUGGGUUUGGAUCUGUUUACAGAGGCACUUUGCCUAGCACAAACGAAGCUGUGGCCGUCGAAAGAGUAUCUCCAUUCUCAAAGCAGGGCAAACGCGGUGAGUACAUAACUGAAAUCAGUAUAAACAGUAAGCUCACUCACCAUAAUCUUGUGAAGUUUUUGGGAUGGUCCCAUCGAAAUGGCGACUUGCUUCUGGUUUACGAGUUACUCCCACACGGAAGUCUGGAUAAAUAUAUUUUUGAAAAUCCCGAAGCUCCACUAGAUUGGGAUCGAAGAUACAGCAUAGCCUGUGAUGUAGCUUCCGCUCUGGUUUAUCUUCAUGAGGAUCUCCAUGAGAGCAUUCUACACAGAGACAUUAAAGCGAGCAAUGUGAUACUGGAUUCUAAUUUCAAAGCGAAGCUGGGUGAUUUUGGGCUUGCAAGAAUCGUGGAGCGCGGAAAAGGAGGACAUACGACGACGGCAGCGGGUACAAUUGGGUAUAUAGCGCCGGAAUGCGUAACAACGGGAAAGGCCACUCGACUGUUUGUCACCGACCAUGCUUUAUCCGGACAAAACGUUACAUUCAGAGUUUACCUUUGUCGUUCGACUUUGCCAUUUUUAUUUUAA